GCAAAUUAAGUACGAAUUUCUGCUUGAUAUGAUGUAAGCGACAGUGGUUUCCCUGUCAGUGACGCGCUUUACGCGUGAAGCGCGCGGCCGGGUGAGGAGCCGAGUGGCGGCGGAUCGUACGAGUUCUCCCCGGUGAAGCCGGUCCUCCUGUGCCUCUCGGUCUCUGUUCGUCCCGUUCAGCGCCUCGGAAAGACGUUUGGUAUGAGGCGAAAGCAGGGCAGGACACGCACCUCGGCGAGGCUGCGAGAAAAGCAGGCGGCAACCUCCCAAUUCCAGGGAGACAGAGCUGCUGAACAGACAUCCAUAGAAGCGGCAGAUCUUCAGUGUCCAGUGAAGAGACCGAGAGGGAAAUGUACGGAUCGGAAAAUAAAUAGGAGAGAUGCAGAUUACCUGGCAGAAGAUGGUUUGUCUCAGAGUCCAGUUGUAACGAACGGCAGUGGAGAGGAAGACUGUACAGAAACCUUGUCUGUUGUGACUGGACUUUGUUCUGAAAAGAGCACAUGGACAUGCCUGGGGCACCGGUCAGACCCGGGGAACUGCGACGUGACAGGGGAGGAUCCUGAGCCUUUGCUGGAUGAUCAGGACAACAGUAUUUUCCUUGAUGAUGACAGCAACCAGAUCAUGCCUGUGGGACAGUUCUUCGGCAAUUUAGAACUUGUCCAGGAUUAUCCCCCCAGAAUCCCGCUAGAGUCCCACAUAAGCAGGAGGGAAUACCGGAGGUUGCACUAUAUUGCCAGGGAUGACAGUGAUGAGGACGUCCAUGAUGACCCCCUGGUUACAGAGCAGGAGAAUGACAGUUGCAACAGUACCUAGCAAACAGGAAGCUGGGAGCAGAUGAGAGAGGUACGGCGGCCCAACAGAGCAUAAAGAAUCGUAAAAAUGGCCUGUUUUGAUGACCUCCGGGGUGGACACAAAGUGCCGAGUCAAAUUUUUUUUUCGUCUUGAAAACAGCACUUAAGAACUUAUUUUGUUCUUGAAUGGAAGCCAAAGAUGUGCUGUGUGACCUGCCUGGGUCCUUGCACUAAUAUAUUGCUCAUUGUCCAGUCGCCUGAGGUUGACAUGUCUGUCAUGAACACAGAACAUUACCAGCUUGCUUAUUUGUAACUUAAAUUUGUAUGUGUGUAAGACAUAUAACUGAAUUUUUCAAUGACAGAAGCAUGCAGUAUUGUAAUUUUUUUUUAAAAACAUCUGAGCAAAUGCUGCAACUGAUUUUAAUGUUUAUUAACGGUGGUUAAUGAUCAGUAAAAUUAAUUAUACUACUUGUCCAAGGUCCAGAUUUACUUUGUUAAAAUUCAAAAUGUAAGAUACGGUAACGUUUAACAUUUUAAUAAGACAACCAUAAGUGAAUGGGAUGGUUUGUAGUGUCACAGAACUUAAGUUUGAUAGAGGAACAUAAAAGGCACUAGUACUGAACAGAAAGCAGGACUGUAGUGUAACAUGCACUUAGUAUCCUGUCGUCUUUAAUAUCUAAAAAAUCAGUAAUGGCAUCCUCCUGUUUUACUCGAGGCUUACGUUACCAGAACACCAUAUGUUGUUAGUGAUAAGUGAAACACAGAAAUUAUUGUUUUUUCUAAAAAUUUAUUGUGACAUGCAGAUAGAAAAAUCAUUAAAUAAAAUAUAAAACUGCACUUAAAAAA